GUAGGCGCUUUCUUAUCGGUUAGAGGGUCAGGAUUCGAUUCCCAAGCUGCAGCGUGAGAAGGGGUUAUUUUGGGGGCUUUGCACAGUAAAUGGAAUAUGAGGGGAGGGGCCACAGUGGAAAUGAAAACCCUGAUCUUUGAACAAGCUGGAGAAAACUGUUCGGACACCAGGUCGAAGCCGGACUGUCCCGGUUUCUGGUCACCCUAAUUAUUGAAGUUGAAAAUGGGACGCUCUUACGAGCAACUGAAGAGCAAAGCGUAGAAUCGUGAGGUUAGCCUUCCUCCUCUCGACCGCCUGCCGCCAAACUUUCGUGUGGUUUGCGCCGAUCAGAGGUUGUCUGAGGGUCUCGACUCCUUUCUUCCGCUUCAACUUUUACAUGUCAUUUCCUGCAACAUGGUGGUCAAGGCAAAGAGACGAGCCCGACUCCCAAAAAAUAUAUAUUCCCAACACCAGCAAACAACUUCUUCCUCGCCUCUCUGACUAGUGGAACCUGCAGCGCCGUCGGCAGCAGGAGCUAAAGGGAGCGACCUCGACUGACGCCUACAAGAAAGCAAACCUUACUCGGCACGGACGAUUUUUUAAAUAUAAAAGUGGAGAGGAUUUAAAAACCCAUCAUCAGUAUUUUUUUUGCAGGCCAGGUUUCUGUUUGCUGGCCUGUCAACACCUCACCGAGGAUACUGAAGUGAAGAGGUUCUUCAGUGAAACUGACAAGCUGGGAAGGCUUUGAUCAGUGAAACUGAGAAGCACCAGCCGUGGCCAGAUGGUGGAAAGCCUCUGGGGAGUUAGGAGAUAAAAUGAAUGAAAACUGGUCUUCAAAACAAAUCAAAGACCAAUUGGACCACAGGCAAGCAGGUGUGAAGGUGAAGAUUGAGAAAAUUUUGCCUGAAGAGGAAGCAAAGUAUGGGCAGUGCAUUGUGCCAGGCCAUACCCAGGUAUAUCCCACUGAAACGGAACUGGAACUGGGGAAGGUAAAAGGUGAAGAAGUGAUGAUGAAUGAAUCCCCCGAGCAGUAUGACUACUGGUUUUGCGAGACUUGCCAGGAGUACUUCAUAGACGAGUGUGCUCUCCAUGGAUGCCCAAUAUUUGUUACUGAUACACCUAUACCAGUAGGUACACCAGACAGGGCAGCCCUCACGGUUCCUGCUGGAGUAGCAGUUGUGAAGGAGCCUGGAGGAGAGAUUGAUGUACGUUGUUUGGAUGCCAUCAUUCCAAGGGGAAGGAUAUUUGGACCAUAUGAAGGAGAAGUGUGCCAAACCGAUAAGUCAUCCGGGUUUUUUUCCUGGCUGAUACUUGGCAAGAAUAACACGUACAAGUCCAUUGAUGGCACGGAUGAGACCAAAGCCAACUGGAUGAGGUAUGUAGUUAUAUCAAGAGAAGAAAAUGAACAGAACCUCAUGGCAUUCCAGCACAAUGAGAAGAUAUAUUUCCGAGUGUGUAGGGACAUUCGCCCCGGAGAGAGGCUGAGAAUUUGGUACAGUGAUGAUUACAUGAAACGUCUGCAUGCAACUACACAGGACACUGUUGACAGAAGUCUCCUAACUGCGGAAUCAAAGUGCAAGAAGGCUAGCCUAGGAAGACAUUCCACUGAAAAAUUCACUGGAAAUCCAGGGACAUCCAGAAAACCAGGGAUUCUAAAUAAGGAAGAUAUUGAAAGACUUGAAAAUACCAAUUUGAACAAGGGUGGAAAACGAGGCAACAAGGAUGGCGACAGCAGCCCAAGCCCUAAAAAAAAGAAGCUGGAACAGUUGUUUAAAAGUAGCCAUGACUCACCUGUUGACACCUCAAGAGAAAAACUUGGUUAUCCAGUUUCUGGUCGUGGCCCAUAUGAGCAUGUAUAUUCAAUGAAGCAAACUAGCAAUCUUCAGAUAACUACCUCAUCUCCUGUACCUCAAAAGCCUCAGUUUGUAGGCCGCAGUGGACAGGAACAUGAAAUUAAUAAAUUGACCACAGCACAAGCCAAGUAUCCAUCGCCAGUUGACAGUCAUUUUCCUGCUCGACAAAGGCUCAAGCAUCAAGAUGGUGAUACAUUCAACAGGCCAGGAACUUCCUCACAACAAAGUGCUUUAUCUCUGUCCAGCACCAGAGUUGAGGUAGACUCCAGGCCCCAACAAAGGGUUAAUGAAAAGCAUUUAAAUUCUGGAUUCCUUCAAAACACUGAAGAAAGCAGUGGUGUUUUGCCACCAGAAACUUCAGGUGGACGGCAUGUGGGUGUCGUUGAGGAAGAUCUUCCAAAAAGCCAGCCCUCCUCAUACUGUCCAAAUUGUGUAAUACUGCAGGAGAAAAUUCGACAGCUUCAGGAGGAACUAGAUCGGUUGAAGUCUAACUUACCAGCUCCAGACACGCAGACUCCUGUCCCAGUUGUCAUGGAUGACACUAGUGAGCAGGAGAUGGAUUCAGCUGAUGAGUCAAUGUCGAAUGAAAUGUUGGCCACCACAGAUGAAAUAUCGAAAACAUCAACUGGUACUGGUCGGAGAAUCAGACGCUUCAAGCAUGAGUGGCUGAAGAAGUUCUGGUUUCUACGCUAUUCACCCACUCUAAAUGAAAUGUGGUGCCAUGUUUGCAGGCAGUACACUGUUCAGUCCUCCAGGACCUCAGCCUUCAUCUUGGGCUCUAAGCAGUUCAAGAUCCACACUAUCAAGUUGCAUGCCCAGAGUAAUCUUCAUAAGAAGUGCUUGCAGCUUUAUAAGCUUAGGAUGCAUCCAGAAAAAACUGAAGAGAUGUGCCGAAACAUGACACUGUUGUUCAAUGUUGCCUAUCACCUAGCCUUUGAAGGAAGACAUUUUUCAGAUUUCAGGCCUUUGGCUGAACUCCUUAAAAAAUGUGACUUAAAGAUUGUUGACCAAUACUUGAAUGAGGGAGACUGCCAAACUUUGAUUCAUCACAUUGCAAGGUCUCUUCGUGAGGAUCUUUUUGAGAGGCUCAGGGUAUCACCAUUUAUGAGUGUGAUUUUGGAUGGGCAGACAGAUGACUUGGUUGCUGAUAAUGUUGCAAUCUACAUUCAGUAUAUUACCAAUGAAGGGCCAGCCGCUACAGAGUUAUUGUCCUUACAGGAAUUGAGUUCUGCAACAGUGGAUGGCUAUACUCAAGCACUGGACAGGGCCUUUGGGGGCAUAGGGAUCAAAUGGAAAGAGGAAAAGUUAAUUGUAGGACUGGGGGUAGAUGGAGCCACCAUGACAACAGGGCUAAGGACAGGUUUGGCCAUGAAGAUCAAAAAGGCUUUGCCUUGGCUACUCUCUGUCCCUUGUGUGGUGCAUAGGCCUCACUUGGAAGUAUUGGAUGCCAUAAGCAACAAGGAACUAACCUGUUUGGAAGAACUAGAGAACAACUUAAAGCAGUUGCUGAGUUUUUAUCGUUAUUCCCCUAAACUCAUGUGUGAACUAAGAGCUACCGCAGCAACACUUUGUGAGGAGACAGAAUUCCUUGGUGACAUUCGAGCUGUUAGAUGGAUUAUUGGAGAACAGAAUGUCCUGAAUGCAUUGAUCAAGGAUUAUUUGGAAGUGGUAGCUCAUCUUAAAGAUGUUAGUGGUCAAGCACAUAAAGCAGAUGCUGCUGCCAUUGCUUUGGCUCUACUGCAGUUCCUGAUGGACUAUCAGUCAGUUAAGCUAAUCUAUUUUUUGUUAGAUGUCAUUGCUGUACUUACACGAUUGGCAUUCGUUUUCCAGGGCGAUCACCUCCUCAUUACCCAUGCAGAUGACAAAAUUGAAGAAGCCAUUGAAGAAAUCAGCAGAUUGGUGGAAUCACCAGGAGAAUAUCUACAAGAGUUUGAGGAGACUUUUCACGAAAACUUUCAUGGUGUUCCUCUGAAAAACCUAAGAGUAGCAGAAGCCAAGUUCAAUUCAAUAAGAGAAAAGAUAUGCCAAAAAACCCAGCUGAUUCUCGCCCAAAGGCUAGAUUCUAAUAGUCGCACAAUUAUUCGAGCAUGUCAAGUAUUUGAUGUUGCCACGUGGCCCCAAAAUGAGGAAAAUCUGAUGAGUCAUGGUGAGGAAGAGAUCAUGUAUUUAUAUAAGCACUUUGAAAUAAUUCCAUCGUUUGCAAGGGAAGUAUGUCUGGAUGGCAGAGACAUUCAAGGAAGCUUAUUGCAGGAAUGGAAAGAGCUCAAAUCUGAGUGUUACAACAAGAAUGGUUUCAAAGAGUUGAGCCGUCACAUUUUUAAGUAUAAACAAAGAUUCCCAAUACUAAAUCGGAUCACUCAGUUAUUGCUUGUCCUGCCAACUUCAACAGCAGCUUGUGAGAAAAGUCGUGGUGCCUUCUACCGGAUACGUAACAAUAACAGGUCUCGACUUAGCCUUGACCAACUCAAUGACCUUCUGACAAUUGCUGUUAAUGGACCACCCAUUGCCAAUUUUGAGGCUAAGAGGGCACUAGACUGUUGGUUUGAGGAGAAGUCAGGGAACAGAUAUUCCUUGUCUCCAGAGAUGAUAACUAGAGUUACUUCAUUGGACCAGAAACCAACAUUACAUGGUCUGGACACGGGAACUGAUUGUCUAACAGAUAUUCAUGAAACCAUAAUGUAAAUAAUUGGAACUUUAAAAUUGCCUACACUUCCACGAUUUAAUGGGAAUAGCUCAAAACCCAUUCAUACUUAGGAACUUCAUAAAAAAAUGGUAAUUGGUGACAGACAGGUACAAAUACCAGACCAGAAAAUUCAACAGGAUAUUGAUCAUUUUUCACCAGUAAACCACUGCAGUCUCAUAGGACUCGAUUCUUUGAUUUUUCAGUUUUAUUGUACCCCUUGGCAUACCGGUACUCAAUGAUAUUGAGAAUUCAAAAUGAUGCGAGUGGACUGGUCUGCUAAAAUUUUGGUACUGUUUUGUCACCAACAAUAUUGCUUUUAGUAAUGCAGAUAUUAGAUAAUAAGAAAAGUGAUUGGUCAUUCUAAUUUUCCUUUAGAAACUAAGGUUAUUUAAGCUGUCUAAGGUUGAUAUGAGUCACCUUGUCCAAUCUCUAACUCCUUUUGUUAUUUACAUAAAUUAUAAAUAAGCAUUAACAAUUAAUGAUUGGGGAGAAAGAAGUGGGAGGGAUUUGUUAUUUGUGGGGUUGUAAGAGAUGUAAAAUACAUAGCCCAAGUGAUUUAAAAAGUAUAUGUAUCUAUAUUAUUUUUAUAGAUUACAAUUAUUGACAAUAGAUGGUCAAGCUUUCAUGUCCAGUGAGCAUGUCUUAAAAAAAACACCAGGAAAGGAAUGAAUGUAUCAAGAGGAUAUAAUACUCCAUCUCAUUCCAUUAUUGCUGUGGAGGAAGCAGACACAUAUCAGGCACUGCAUCUGUUUAGCGUGCACACUUUUGUCCAGUAAGCUAGGCUAGACUGCAAAACUAUCAACAUAUGUGCUUAUACAAAAGCACUGCUGAUAGAAAUUAUUCUCACAUCUAAGAAAAUUUGACAGUCUCAAUCCACUUACCACUGGUUAAUGGUCUUCUUAAAAACUGUCCUAAAAUUAGAUGAUCCUGAAAUUAUUUGAUAAUUUCAAUCAGCUAGGGAGUAAGGAUGGUCAUUUUGAGAAUGGCAAAGUCAAACAGCAAUAUGAUGUAGUGUGAGAGUAGUAUUUAAACUUGGUAUUUUUCAUAGCAUUUGUAGAGGAUCACACCUUGCCUAGAGUGCCAGAUGCUUUCACUGGCUAUAAAGCACUUUUAUUAUAUAUAGAUGCCCCAAAAAUGACACUGCGUUUAGUUUGACAGUUCCUAGUCAUGCUUUAUGCUGUGGUGUUUCAAGUUUUUACUCUAAAUAGAGUACUGCACAAAUGAAUCAACAUCAUUGUUGUUCGGUCAACAAAUUCAAAUUAUAGCAUUUAAUCUUAACUUUUUCUUUUAAAGUCUCCUACUCAGAGAAUGAGACACCAGUUGUAGAGAAGAUAUGAUUUUUGAGAGUUUUAAAAUAUAAAUUUUAGUAGGACAAAAAAGGAUAUUUUAUUAAUGUGAUAUUUUCUCAUUAAAUUAACUUUACCAGUAGAAGAUUCCUGCCUCCAGGUGCCAUUAGCAGUGGCCAGUGACUCUUACCAGUUAAAUAUGAAAGGCUGCUAUUUCCAAGGUGACCAUAACAAUCUUAUAGCCAUUUUAAACAUUGACUAGACAUUGGUGGUACUUUGACUUGUAGCCGCCAAUUCCUGCAGAACUGAAUUAGAGCUGAAAUUCCUACAAUACAGUCUCUUAAAAUGCCAUGUAAACCUGAAUAUUAUGCUGUGCGAUAUUAUUGUACAACCACAUCAUACAUUUGCAUCAAAUUAUCAUGAAAGCUGUUAAAAAAAAAUGAGACAAAUUUAACUCUGUCAGUUUGGUCAACACUCAAUACACAACUCAAGUAACAAAGGUGAUAGGAAAAUAAUGCAAAUGGAUGUUCUACCUGCUCACUUUUCUGAUCUCAGAGCAAUUUGCUCAAUAGGCAUUAAGCCAUUAAAAUUAGUCCUUUAUGAAUUAAUUGCUCAAUACAGAUUUUAGGAUGCAGUAAGACUAUCCCUGAGUACAGUACAAAUGCCAGGGCUUUUAAAUAUAUUACAGAAAGAACCACAACCAAUGUAUACAUUGCAUAUCACAGUGAGGCUUAGUGAUUACAUUUCUGUUAUAUAGCCCUGAAAAACGUUAAUUUUUGGCAGUUUAUAGUGCAUAAUAUCCUAGACGAGAAUUAGAGAAAUGUAUAGUUUUUUAAAAUCAAUUGUUACAUUAUAUCCUAAAUUGCAAGGUUUAUAAAAUGCUGUGGAAAUGUUAGUACAACCUAACAGUGUAAUUCUGUUGGCUUUGAGCUUCAUUUCAAUCAAUAUAGAUUUGAUGAGCUCAAAGCAGAGAAGGGAAAGCACUAUGAUUGAAGGUUACUUUGUUAGCAGGUAAGAUCAACUUCCAUGACAUAACCCCACUUACAUAUUGUAUAUUUUCAAAAUGUCUCUUCUGUCCCUUAGUAUAAGCAGUAAACUUAGCUGUGAUCUAAGUUGCUGUCACUAAAAUCAAGUGCUUAAACUGUCUUAAAUUUAAUAAGCUACCAGGAAAAUAAAUUUGCAACAGCCAGGAACCCUCCAGCUAUUAAAAUAUUUGUUUUAUAAAUUUCAAGAUCAGAAUGAAAUCUACAUUGAGAUAAUUAACAUCUUUUCUGAUGUCUACAAGUUGAGACCAAAGCAAAUGUCUUUUAUCAGCAUAAUAAAGCCCCAGUCUCAACAUGGUUUGUAUAUUUUUAAAUGCAUGUCUAUUUUUGUAACCAUGUGGAGAUUGUAACUAUAUUUGAAGUAACUGAAUAUGCUUGCUCAAAGUUGCUUGCUAAGGACUAUCCAAAUUAUUGAUGGGCUGCCAAAUGCGAUGUAUUAAUUGAUUUUCCAUACUCUUAAGUUACAAUGAUUUACCUACAUUUUUUUUACCCAGAACUGUUAACAGCUGGGGCUAUUAGCAUUACAGUUAAAAAGAAACUAAAUGAUUACUCAUGAUACCAGGAUGUAUAUGGUAGCCUUGUGGGCAAAUAUUAAUUGGAGGGGAGAAGGGUAGCAUAAAUGCACAGAUAUAACUAAGGCUAUUGUGCAUGCAAUAGUCUGAUGGAUUAUAGGAAUAAGGCUGCUUGGAGUUAGCUAUCUUUUUAGACUUGCCUUUUUAAGGUUCAUGUGAUGUGUAUGAUAUGUGUAAACAAUAAACUAUGGGGAAAAGGUAACAAAAAAAUCAAAUAUAGAAGAAUAUGGAAGCUUCAAAUCACUUUUUGGUCACCAUUGACACAGUUGGCAUCAUCAAUCACAGUUGUCCAAAGGAACACAAGGAGACAAUGACCACCUCAAACUGUACUUGCUGUCAAAAUAUCACUUGGAUGUUGCCAUUCACCUGGGGAUAAAAGCCACAUGAAUGACAUAUAUCGUCUUAUGCAAUAUGAUCGAUGAUGGUGUCACUCAAGGUGCUGAAGAAAAAUUAUGAUAUAUUUACUACUGGGCUACAUAUAUCAUUUCUGUUUUUUGUUUGGUCAGUAUAAGUUUUUUAAGCAUGAUGUAGCAUUUGUUCAUAUUGUGUUUCCUUCAACAGAACCCAUUUCAUUGCAAUGCCAGCUGUAUUUUAAUAACAAAUUAAGUAGCCUUUCAGUUAUGCAAACUUAUUUCUUUCUCUCCCCUUGCUAUUUGUUUUCCUUUCCUACUUGUCAGCCCCUGUGCUAUUAGCUUCUUCAGUUCCAGACCUCUCAGAUUACCUUGGAAGUUGAUGAGAGCAACACUUUGCUAACUUUCUUUGAAAAUGUUCUCCAUAUGGUGAAGCACUUCUUCCUUUAUCCUGACCUGCCCCUGUUAAGAAUACUUGUGAAGGAAUCAUGGGUGUAAACCCUGUUCCUUCGACCCUGCUGAUGUUUGCAUUGGUACACUGAUGCAUUGCACUGCUUGGCCCUGUGGACUUAUUACAGCCAAGAAUGGGUUGGAAAUGCAACCAACUUGUUUACAUUUGACUUUUUACAAGUCAGUAGAGAGAAGCAAUUACGUGACAUAAAGUUAGGCUGAAUUCCUGAAAGUUCCUUAGUAAAAUAUAUUUAAAAUCAGAUGUUUGUGUUAAUGCACUUACCAGUUACCUGCUAUGUUUUGAUAUGUUUAUUUGCUAUAGGUUGUUUAAUUGAAAAACAAGGAGCAAAUGCCUCCAUGCACCAAUGCUUGGCUCUAUUAUCAUCAGUUGAAAGGUAGAUAGUUGCAAUAGUAUUUUAUUUGAAAUCAAGCUUUUGUUUGAAUUUCUUUAAAUGAAAGAGUUAAGAAAAUGUUGUUCGUACUUUUGAUUCCAUCUGGUUCUCAUUCACUUACCUCCUCAUCCACCUUCACAGCGCAUUAUAGGAUAUAUGCAGUUCCCACACAAAGUAGUCAGGAAUUUAGUACCCUUUGAAUGUGGCUUCCUCCAACUGCCAGAAAAGAAUCUUUGAUUAAGGGUGCAUUUACAACACACUUUUAUUGUUAAUACAAAGUGACUUCCUCUUCACAAUGAUGAAAACUGACAGUAUUCAUCUGGAGUCAACAUCCAACAUGAUUUCACAGCAAAGAUUAAGACUCUGGAGAAGAGAGAUUUCUACGUGGAAUAUAAAUCCAAAGCUCUGUCAAUGGUUUUCAAAGUGCUCAAGUACUUCACAGCCCCAGCCCCACUUUUUAAACUUAGUUGACCUUAAGUUAAAUGUUUAAUGAGCAGGAAUCUGAACAUGAGCAUUUUUAACUGUUGAUAGAGAGUAUGGUGGCACUCAUAGAUCUAGACAAAGCUCUUUGUUGGCGUUGGGCAGGUCAAUUCCCAUCAUGCAGGUGUCAAACCAUGUAAAUGCAGUUGUACCUGAAUGGCAGCUAUUGAUUGCAGUGUAAAUUCAUAAUUAAAUGCAACUUGCUCCUGGGCUUCUGAAAAUAUUUUCUUAUUAGCUGGGUUGAUAAUUUUACCAGAUCACCCAAUUCACAUGGCUUCAUCUCUGCUUGGCAUUUCCUUGGGUUAAUGUAAGGUCAACUAAGUUUAAAAAGUAGGGCUGGUGCUGCAAAGUACUUGAGCACUUUGAAAACUAUCGACACAGCAUUGGAUUUAUAUUUCAUAUAGUGUCAAACCAAAGUUGUGUAAAUCUCCCUUCUCCAGAAUCCUAAGCUUUGCUCUGAAAUCAGGUUGGGUGUAUAUGUUCAGAUCCCUGCUCAUUAAACAUUUAACUUAAGGUCAACUAAGUUUAAAAAGUGGGGCUGCGGCUGCAAAGUACUUGAGCACAUUGACACAGCAUUGACACAACCUUAGCUUUUCAGCCAGUGGAUGGGGCCACCACUGUGGCCAUUACAUUCAGACCUAGGAGUUCUUUGAUCUCACCACAUCAGCACUUUAAUGUGCCUAUACUAUAAGAAGCGAUUGAUCCAAAGGAAACUGAGAAUUAUUUUUGGAGUACUUUGCAAUGCUCUGGCUCUGUAAUGGCAGAUGCUGGUGAAUUAACUUUAGGGUUUCCUGAGUACUUUUACUAAGGAGAUAUUGGGAUUCAUAGUCAUACAAAGGAUGACUUCCUGAAGCUGCUGUUAUAUUUGGCCAGGAAUUAAAAAGUGGGUAAUCCUAACCAUUGACCUUAGUGAAUCCAACAAAUGUAUAUUUGCUGCUGGCUGCACAAUGAUAGAACCUUAUAGCACAGAAGGAAGCUGUUUGGCCGAACAUACCGGUGCCAGCUCUUUGAAAGAACUGCUCUUUUCCCCUAGACCUGAAAAUUUUCCAUUUCAAGUAUUUACCCAAUUCUCUAUUGAAAGUUACAAUUUAAUUUGCUUCCAACUUCUUUCCAGAUCAUAACUAGUUGCUGCAUAACAAAUAUUUGCCUCAGCUAUUCCCUAACCCCCCCCCCCC